UCUGUUAAAUUUAUGUAUUUCCUGGUGUUGCGCUGCUGGAAAGACAUAAAAAUGCGCCACAAGUAGAACAGAUUCAUUCGUCGACGACAGAAGACGGUUUAAGCCUCUGAGGAUACUGAUGAUGGCACGUGUAUUUCUGUUAGCAGUGGUGUUAGUGGUGCAGAUUGUAGACUACACAGUUGCGCAAAAAAGUUCCUGCGAGGAAUUGGGAACAGUUUUCUACCCGGUGCCUGCCACACGGUGCGAGGAGUUCUCCCAGGAAGCAAAGUUCGGUGCCCCUAGUCAGUACAGAAUAAAGAAAUGCAAACCGGAUCUUGCCUUUGACGUCCACGAGUGCGCUUGCAACUGGAAGUAUGCAUUCACCUGCCCAAACACCCUCAAUUACCCAGAAACACCCAAGUUUAUAGCGUGCAUGGCGGAUUGUAUGUACAAAACAAGCCAAGAAAUUCAGGACAUCUUCAGCCAAUGUGGUACCAAUUUCGGAUGCUGGGAUAGCAGAGGGGGAGGGAGAUGUCAUUCUCGUUGUAACAUAGAACCAGAGGAACCAGUCACAGGCCUAAACGAGCACUAGUUUUUCCACAGCCCACCAGAUGUCUUCGAAAUCAAGAUAAGCCUUCCUAGCAACAGCUUUCAAACCCUCUUGCGUGCCUGUGCAUGAAAACUGCAUACCACCACGUUUCAGUUGGAAAAAGAAAGAACUAUACACUUCUCUUCUGAACUGAAUGGAUUGUAGAAAAAAAAACUUAUCCUGACUGACUCUACUUUUCAGCUAUUUUCAAAAAUUCAAAAAUUUGCACAAAAAAUAAAUGAUCAAAUUU